CGCGCCACUGCUGUGUUUUCCGUUCUCUCUCCGACUGCGGGCGGUUUUCGGCGGGUUCCGUUAAAAUGGCGCUUCGGUUGCUAGGAGCUGCAACCCAUCUGAGAGAAAGUGACAGCGGGUAAAAGCCAUCUCCGACACGGGAGGGUAUAAGGGCGCAAUGGCGGCUCUUGAUCAGAAAUCACCCAACGUGCUUCUGCAGAGUCUGUGUUGUAAGAUCACGGGCAAGAGUGAAGCUGAGGUGGCCCAUCAGUUCCAGUACGCUGUGCGAGUCAUUGGGAGUAAUUAUGCACCCACCAUUGAACGGGAUGAGUUUCUAGUGUCCGAGAAAAUUAAAAAAGAGUUGUUGAAACAACGGAGAGAGGCAGAUGCUGCUCUUUUCUCUGAGUUGCACAGAAAGCUUCAGACUCAGGGUGUGUUGAAACACAGAUGGUCCAUCUUGUAUCUCCUGCUCAGCCUCUGUGAGGACCCGAAGAAACCGUCCAGCAGGGUGCCUGUGAGUAGUUAUGGAUCUCUGUUUGCUCAGGCUUUGCCACGCGAUGUCCACUCCACCCCGUUCUACUUCGCCCGUCCUCAGAGUCUCCCUCUCAGUUACCCGGAGCGCUCUGCGGCGGCCCAUAAUUCCAGCAUGGCCACCAGUGGGAUCAGCAGUAUGGGGGUGUUCUCCAUCAACGGGCCAGGCCCGACACCAUCUCUGCUUACAGGACCUGGUCCACAGGUAGUCGGUGAGUCCAUGAGAGGGUCUCGUCUAGCCUGGACUGUCCCAGUCUCAGGUUCCCCCUCCGGGGCAGCUGCCGCCCCUCGGCCCCCCAGUGGACCCUCCGCCAGCCCGGCUCCCAAAGCCCCAAAUAGGAGACGGGAUGGAGACAGCAGUGCUGAGAUCGGAGAAGCCGCUCUGGUGCGAGACCUUCUUUAUGUUUUCCAGGGGAUUGAUGGAAAGUUCAUCAAGAUGUCCAGCCCAGAGAACAGCUACAAAAUUGAUCCAAAGGUUCCCGUGUGUAAAUCUCUGAGAGAUACAAGCAGCAGACUGGCCGAGCUCGGCUGGCUACAUAAUAAAAUCAGAAAAUACACAGAUUCUCACAGUCUGGACCGAGCCUUUGGACUAGUGGGACAGAGUUUUUGUGCCGCCUUGCAUCAAGAGCUCAAGGAAUAUUACAGACUACUGUCUGUACUUCAUGCACAGAUUCAGGUGGAGGAUGAUCAGGGUGUAAAUGACAGCAUGGAGAGCAGUCUGACUCUGAGGAGGCUGCUGGUGUGGACCUACGACCCCAAGGUUCGUCUGAAAACGCUGGCGGCCCUCGUGGACUACUGCCAAGGUCGUAAAGGAGGGGAGUUGGCCUCAGCCGUACACGCGUACGGCAAGACGGGUGACCCCCACAUGAGGGCAUUGAUCCAGCACAUCCUCGGUCUGGUGUCCCACCCCAUUCUCAACUUCCUGUAUCGCUGGAUAUAUGACGGAGAGCUGGAGGAUACGUACCAUGAGUUCUUUGUAGCAUCAGAUCCAACAGUGAAGACGGACAGACUGUGGCAUGAUAAAUACUCACUGAGGAAGAGUAUGAUCCCGUCCUUCAUCACCAUGGAUAAGGCCAGGAAGGUGCUGCUCAUCGGCAAAUCCAUCAACUUCCUGCAUCAGGUGUGCCACGACAGGACGCCGCCGGGAAAGAUCAUGCCGUCUUCUAAAUCCAGCGACUCGCCCAAAGACGCGACAGAGUUGUUCACUGAUCUUGAAGGGGCUUUUCAGAGUAAGAUAGACGCUGCUUAUUUCGAGACCAGUAAGUAUCUGUUGGACGUGUUGAAUAAGAACUAUCAGCUGCUGGAGCAUCUUCAGGCCAUGAGAAGAUACCUCCUGCUGGGUCAGGGAGAUUUCAUUCGACACCUCAUGGACCUCCUAAAGCCAGAGUUGGUGAGGGCCGCCACUACCCUUUACCAACACAAUCUAACAGGUAUCCUGGAGACCGCUGUCAGGGCGACCAAUGCCCAGUUUGACAGUCCAGAGAUCUUGAAAAGACUCGAUGUCCGGCUGCUGGAGGUGUCUCCUGGGGACACCGGUUGGGACGUCUUCAGUCUGGACUAUCAUGUGGAUGGACCCAUUGCCACGGUGUUCACCCGUGAGUGUAUGAGUCAUUACCUGCGAGUGUUUAACUUCCUGUGGAGGGCGAAAAGAAUGGAGUACAUCCUAACGGACAUCUGGAAGGGUCAGAUGUGCAAUGCCAAGCUGCUGAAGAGCAUGCCAGAGCUCUCUGGCGUGCUGCACCAGUGUCACGUUCUCGCCUCGGAGAUGGUUCACUUCAUUCAUCAAAUGCAGUAUUACAUCACGUUUGAGGUGUUGGAAUGCUCGUGGGAUGAGUUGUGGAAUAAGGUUCAUCAGGCUCGGGAUCUGGAUCACAUCAUAGCGGCUCAUGAUGUUUUCCUGGACACCAUCAUCUCUCGCUGCCUGCUGGACGUUAAUAACAGGUCUCUGUUGAAUCAGUUGCGUGCAGUGUUCGAUCAGAUCAUUGAGUUCCAGAGCGCUCAGGACGCACUGUACCGCUCCGCUCUAGAAGAACUGCAGCUGCGCGUCCAGUACGAGGACAAGAAGAAGCAAAGAGAGGAGAUGGGAGAGUGGGGCGUAACGGCAGAGCAGGAGGCGGCAGAGAACAAGCGUGUGCAGGAGUAUAAGGACACCAUACCAAAAAUGUGCUCCCAGCUCAGAUUGCUUACACACUUCUACCAGGGCAUCGUGCGGGAGUUUCUACGGCUGCUAAUGACCUGCUCUGAUGAGAGUCUUCAGUUUCUCAGUUUCCGUCUGGACUUCAACGAACAUUACAAAACCCGUGAUCCACGUCUGCGACCCUCACUUGGAGCCUCCAGAGGGCGACGAAGCUCCAACAUCUGAUUCUUGACUCUUUUGCAGAGAACGUUAAUGUUGUGUAGUUGUUGUGUCAAGAGACUUCAUUGAUAGGGCUAACCGGAACUCUUCUGCCGCUCGCAUAACAUGGAAAUAAAAAAUGUGUUCAUCUUAUAUUUUAUUUCCUUGUCAUGGCCAAAUUAUUUCUGUCAUACAAUCAACAAUCUGCUGGUUUUAUAGAAAAUAACAGUAAGUAGGAUGAGCUCACAGGUCUUUUGGGAGUUAUUUUCAGUUUCGUCAUUAAUGUGCGAAUAUACUUUUUUGUUUGUGUUUACAUUUGUUGAUAUUUAAUUGAAUACUUUCACUUUUGUUACCUUCAUCUUUUUUCCUAUUGCAUAAGAGUUUGUCAUUUUUAAAAAGCUCCAGGCGCUUACAAUAUGCUUUUUCUUCUGUGCUUUUUUUAUAUUAGUUUUGUGGUUCUGAUUUCAUGACAUCUUGCUCUGUGUGUCAAUUUUGUUUUUAUACAGGCAGUGCCUUCUGUACGGCUUGUGUUUAAAAAAUGAGAAUCUUAAGUCAACCGGUUCUUUGUUAAUAUAAAUGGGAUGUAAUGUACAAAAUUCAGUACAUGCACUUAAAUGAACUACGUGACCUCUGUAAGAUCCUAUAAACUCACCUCAUUUCUCUUGUCACGUAAAAUCAAUUACCCACAAUGCCAUGUGACCUGAUCAGACAUCUGGUUGAUACUGUGAGGAUAAAGUUGCUGAAAUAUUGCAAGAUUACAGAUUGCAAAAGUAGUGUUUAUCCCUCAACUCACUUAGUUUCAUCUUGCCUCCUCCAAAUACGAAGAAGAAAUUGACUGAAGAAUGAACUGAUGUCAUUUGAUUCGAUGAAAAGAUAAUGAGCUGUUGUGACUGUAUUUUAAUGUCAAAUGUGUAGAGAAUUAAGAAGAAUAUGACUUUAAAAUUAUUGAAGUGUUUAAAAGUCUGUGCUGUAAAGCAAACAUGUACAAAUGCAGAAUUCAACGAACAAACAUCCUGUCAUUCUUUUCUGGAAUAAUAAACCUUUUUAUAUAUGAUAA